CUACCCCUCCCAUGCUCCUCCUGCUCCGACACAGACAGGCAAAAGGCGGAGGAGGAGCAACGGACCUCACAGUCAACAGACGCUGGGUGUACGGCAGUCCGCCGAUCGGGAGGCUACACCGGCAGAAGCCCACGGAGGGAGGGAGACAUCAGCUCACGGCUAUUUUCCGUUGACCAGUUAAGAGCCGGCAGAGAAAGAAACAGUGGAGAAGGCGAGCACAGGCGGAGAGAGGAUAAUUGCGUUUCUGGCUGCCCUGUGGGAACAUGGGAUAUAUGACCUCAUCAUUCACCUGUGAGGCUCUCCAGUAAACAACUCCAGAUAGCAGGAUGACUGAAGCUGCUAGAGAAAGUGCAGAUGUCCUCCUAAAGCCCUGCGAUGUGACGUCAUGUGACGUCAUCAGCUGCCCCUCCCCUCCGCCAUGUCUGCCCCUCUGCAAUCAGAGGGAGGACGAGGAGUGUCACCAUGACAGUAAGAAGCUGGAGCAGCAGAAACACUGUAACCAGGUGCAACCAAAGAAAAAAGUUAAGGCUAAAGGAAAGUUAGUGCGCAGUAUGGCUAUCUGCGAGGAGUCCUCUCCAUUUGAAGAAAUCCAGGCAUAUCCAGACACAAACAUCUCAUCAAGCUGCAAUGAUAAUGAGAGAACUUCCUGUAAGGAGGAAGAGCAGGAGAGAAGCACAGAUCCAAAGAAACAUUCACUUUCCAAAGAGUCCAGCGUGGAGUACACCGACUCCACCGGCAUAGACCUGCACCAGUUUAUCGUUGACACCCUCAACAGCAACCCCAGAGACCGCAUGAUGCUGCUCAAACUGGAGCAGGACAUGAUCGACUUCAUCACCAGCAAUAGCCCCUUUAAGAAGUUUCCUCACAUGUCGUCCUACCACCGUAUGCUGGUCCAUCGGGUGGCGGCCUACUUUGGCAUGGAGCACAAUGUAGACCAGACAGGCAAGUCUGUCAUCAUCAACAGGACCAAGAGCACGCGCAUACCGGAGCAACGCUUUUUGGAUGAGGUGCACAAGGACAAGGCAGAAGAAAUCCACUGUUGGAAAAUUAUUUUGAAGAGAGACAGCAGCUCAGAUGACCAGACCCGACUCCACCCCUUACGGGAGAAGCAAAGCAAGUCAAUGGAGGAGCGAGAGGAGGAGUACCAAAGAGCACGAGAACGAAUCUUUAACCAAGAGGUGAGACGGGGAGACAGAGGAAGACAGACAGGCAGACAUGACAUAGAGACAGAGAGGAGACUCACUAAUUUCUCUGCUGUUCUUUUACAGCCUCUCUGCACCCAGGAGAGCGCCCAUGCAGAAACCAGGGCUGUGGAGGAGUACAAUCCAUAUGCUGAGACCCAGAGGAAAAGGCAGCUCUUCAGGGGGAGCCGUGACAGCUCAGGCUCCAGUUGGACAGGCAGCAGCAGGCAGAGUAGCACUGAGACUGACUGUCGCUAUAGCAACGACCCCCGACCUUGGAGCAGCACUGAUUCCGAUUCCUCCUACCAGUGGACAGGUCCCGCCCCGAAACCCCGUCAGCCUCCCAACCACAGCUGGGAAGCACGAGGUGCAGGCUCCAUCUCUCUGUUCAGACUGCCAUCCACUUGUCCCCACUCCUCCUCUCCUCCCAUCAUAGAGGAGCCGGCUCACAACUCUACCUUCAUCGUGGAGAACGGGAUCCCACCGGGAAGCAUAUUAGUGAACCCACAUACUGGGCAGCCUUUCCUGAACCCUGAUGGAAGCCCUGCGGUGUACAACCCUCCAGACAGUCAGCAGCCAAUCAGGAGCCAGACUCAGCUGCAAGGCUCUCCCUCUCAGCAGCAACAGCAGCAGGUGGUUCAGUACUCGUCUGUCUCUUACACAGCUCCACAAAUGUUGCCUGUCACUCCCUCACAGCCAUACUCGACAAUUGAAGACCUCUCCUCGCAGUUUGCUCAUGUGACAGUGAACUGUCAGUCAGCGGGUGAAGCCCCACCUCUCGGCCCUCCCAGUCAGGGUUACAUCUAUGCAGCUCCUCCCCCUCCUCCUCCCCCUCCCAACCCCACAAGCUACUGCCAGCCCUCACCUCAGAUGCCUAUGUAUUACUACGGCCAGUACCCUACCUCAGCCCAGCAUGGAUGCAGGCCUGUCUCACCCAGCCAGCACAUCCACAGCCAAGUAGCACAACCAACAGCAGGUUACGCUCCUACCGUGGGGGUGCAGCAGCCUUCCCUCACCCAGGCGCAGGCUGUGUUGGGGACCUACUCACCAAUGGCCUCUCAUCAGUGUAGCAUGGUUCAGGGAGGUGUUUCAAUGUCCUAUCCCCAAAGUAAAGUUGUGACUGGGGUAGGUGGGGAGGCAGGUUACUGCUGCGUGGUACCCUCACCCUCCCACCACAGCAGCUGCCACCCUCCCAGCUGCAGCAACCUCAGCGCUCCAGCCUGGAGCGCGCAGUACUGAUGAUGCCUCGACGGAUGGAGUGAUGAUACUUUGGUUCCUGCGUGAACCCAUCACACAUACUUAACACAAACACCUUCUUUUUCACUCCCCUCCUCUCCAUACUCGCCUACACCCGCCUUCUUCCAGAUGAUGCCCACAGGGCACAUCGUUCACACACACACAAGCAUGUACACACACAACAUACACCCACUCACAUAUAUAAAUGUACCACUGUACCAAAGCUUAAUAGUAUAUAUCAGAGCUGCUGUAUUGAAUGCAUAAUUUAUAUACACAAAUGGAGUUUUAUAUUGAUAUUAAAUUAUAUAUUGUGUUUUAAGGAAAUGCACUGUGUGAAGAGAAUAAAGUCCUAUGGCUGAUUUAUUUCA